AUGCUCGUCGUCAAGUCUGCUUCAGCCACCCAAGAUCCAAGCUCAAGCGCACCCUGCAUCAUCGUGCAGCGCGUGAACUGGCGCGUCCCACAGUCCAAGGGAUAUUUCACCUUAGAUGGACCGAACGUCUACUACGAAGGCGAAGAUGAGGAGAACCAUGAUAGGAACCGCACGCGCGAGAAGGAGAGGCUGGAAACGUACCUUCAGAGCUUCCAAUCCGCAAAUGAAGGGGACGGUGAAGCCAACCUGAUUGUGCGACCUCACGGGCGUGAUGUUCUCGAGCAUUACUUCUUCGGCCGCUGCCCCUAUUGUGGCACGCUGGGAUGGUUUUGUCCCGGCUGUCAGCGGGUGUGGCCUGAGCUCUUUGGUGGCUGUGCGGUUGACCUGUCCUGCCCCGUGUGCCAUGGGUAUGAUUUUGCUCGGAAUGAUAAAACGACUCUUGAUUAUCAGGACUCGCUUGAAAACAGGCUGGGAAGUCGCCGGCAGGAUCCCGCGUUCUCAAAGGCUGAAGCAGGAGCUAAGCUACGAGAGGAGAUGCUGUCUUCGGUUCGGGAAAGAUAUGAGUCGACCAACGCGCGAAGGGCGGAGAUGGGGAUGAAAAAGGAAGAUGUGGAUGAGUUAGUGAGGGACUAUAACAGUGUCUACUUCAAGGACUGGUAG